UAAAAAUGUGCCUUAUUUUGUAAACGAUAUUUCAUCAUAUUAAAUUGAUUAUCCAAACGAGGUGAUCUUAUAUCAGGAAAAUCAAGAUUGGAAUGGACUUAAUCGGCAACGGAAAUCAAGUUUAGAACCUGAAUAUUACCAUCACGACAUACAUAAAAAAUGUCUGACUUUGGAUUUGAAGAAUUAAUAGAAGCUCAGCCUGAUGCCAUUUUCAAGUUAAACGCUUUAUAUAACCAAGAUGAAGAUCCUUCUAAGGUUAACAUGAGCAUAGGUGCUUAUCGUGACAACAACGGUAAGCCAUGGAUUUUGCCUGUUGUAAAGAAGGCUACUGAAAUUGUAGAAAAGGAUCCCAACUUCAACCAUGAAUACAUGCCGAUUGCUGGGUUUGGUCAGUUUACAAAGGCUGCCGCUGAAAUUCUGUUCAAGCCCAAUGAACAUUUACUGAAGGAAGACCGCAUUUGCUCCAUCCAAUCCGUCUCUGGUACUGGUGCUAAUUUUAUGGCUGCUAGAUUUAUAGCUGAACACUAUGCCCGAAAGAAUGGAGCGGCCGUUUACAUUUCUAACCCCACUUGGCCUGUUCAUAGGACCCUUUGGGAAAGCGUCAAUGUUAAGGUUGAGACUUAUCCCUACUGGGAUGCUAAAAAUCGAAGAUUUGAUUUUGAAGGAACUAUGGAGGUAAUGAAAUCUGCUCCAGAGGGCAGCAUUUUCCUACUUCAUGCUUGUGCACAUAAUCCUACAGGAAUGGACCCCACUAGGGAACAGUGGAAGUCCAUGUUUGAAGCUCUUCUUGCCCGCAAGCAUUUAGUUGUGUUUGAUAUUGCCUACCAAGGAUUUGCCAGUGGUGAUUUGGACCGUGAUUCUUGGGCCCUGAAUGAGUUUGCAAAAUUCAAUAAAGAUUUCUUCGUCUGUCAAUCUUUUGCCAAGAAUAUGGGUUUGUAUGGUGAACGUACUGGAUGUCUUCAUUACGUCGCUAAAAAUAACACCGUAAAAUCCAAAAUGCAAUCGGUGCUUUGUCUCAUUCAACGUAAUAGCAUUUCAAAUCCUCCUGCAUAUGGUGCUCGUAUUGCUGCUGCCAUUUUAAGCAACCCCGAACUUUUUGAACAAUGGAAGGAAGACUUAAGAACUAUGUCUUCUCGCAUCAAUGAAAUGCGUCGUCACUUGCGCGAUUCUCUCGUGACUUUGAAGACACCUGGUACUUGGGAUCACAUAACUGAACAAAUCGGUAUGUUUUCCUUCACUGGUUUAACUCCUUCUCAAGUCCAAUUUUGCCAAGAAAAGUAUCACCUUUAUUUCAGUGCCAAUGGUCGUAUUUCUAUGGCUGGCCUCAACAGUUCCAACGUUGACCAUGUGGCCAAGGCUUUUGAUCACGCAGUUCGUUCAGUUAACUAAUCAUCAUUUUGUUCAUGUUCUUUUUUGAAGUUAUGUUAUAUUACUAAAAUAAAUACCAGCAAGAAGAUUACAAAAUGAUACGACAAUAAAUGAAAUCGUGACAAGAAAAAAUGGACUACUUUUUUAUUCUUCUUGUUUACAGAAAUACUCUCAUUUAUCAUUUUGUUUCCUUAUGGUUUCUUAUAAUUAACCCUACAAUGAAAUUUACUACUAAAUAAUAUACUCCAAUAUUGCAUUUCUUGUUUAGCUGUAG